UCACUUCUGGCAAAUUGGUAAUAACCCAAUCCGAAGCUGUUGCGUUCUUCUUCACCUUCGUCCCAAUCAAAUCUGCAUAAGAAUUAUCGACACGAAAAUCCACGCGCUCUCUCGCGCUCACACACUCGCCUACACUUGUUUCCUUCAUCUAAAUUCAACGACGAUCUCUUCGAUGCUCUCUCUCCCUUCCCCCUUCUGAUUCCAUCGUUCUUUGGAUCUCUCUGGCUUCGUUGUCUCUUGUCCGUUUGAAGUUACAGGAUUGAGAUCUGUCUGUUUUGAGUAAUUGAGAUGGCUUCGAUGUCUCAUUCAUCCAUAGCAUUGGGUGGAGCUUCCGCUUCUGCUUCGGAUUACUUGCGCAGUUCGGCCAACGGUGUUACUGGCGUCUCAUUGAGAGCCCUUGGGAGGAGAGCAAUGGUUACAGCUACUACAAGGAGUAAUAAUAACCUCUACGUGACAGCUCGUCUCAAGAAAGGCAAGAAGUUCGAUCACCCAUGGCCAGCUAACCCUGACCCCAACGUCAAAGGAGGAGUCUUGUCUUACCUCUCCGAAUUUAAACCUUUGGGGAAUGCACAAAAGCCUGUCACUUUGGAUUUCGAGAGACCGCUUGUUGAACUCGAGAAGAAGAUUGUUGAUGUGAGGAAGAUGGCGGAAGAAACCGGUUUGGACUUUACUGAGCAGAUUAUCACUUUGGAGACUAAGUAUAGACAGGCGUUGAAAGAUCUUUACACGCAUCUUACUCCUAUACAGCGUGUGAACAUUGCUCGCCAUCCCAACCGUCCUACUUUCCUUGAUCAUAUACAUAACAUCACUGACAAGUUUAUGGAGCUUCAUGGAGACCGGGCGGGUUAUGAUGAUCCUGCAAUUGUGACUGGUAUUGGAACCAUAGAUGGCAAAAGAUACAUGUUCAUCGGUCACCAGAAAGGUAGAAACACCAAAGAAAAUAUAAUGCGUAACUUUGGGAUGCCUACUCCUCAUGGUUACAGGAAGGCACUACGGAUGAUGUAUUACGCAGACCAUCACGGUUUCCCCAUUGUGACAUUCAUUGACACUCCUGGAGCCUAUGCAGACCUUAAAUCCGAGGAAAAAGGACAGGGUGAAGCGAUUGCCAACAAUCUAAGGACAAUGUUUGGUCUGAAAGUGCCGAUUCUUUCUAUUGUCAUUGGGGAAGGUGGUUCUGGUGGUGCCUUAGCUAUUGGAUGUGCUAAUAAAAUGUUGAUGCUCGAAAACGCAGUUUUCUAUGUUGCUAGUCCAGAGGCAUGUGCAGCGAUCUUGUGGCAGACUUCCAAGGCUGCUCCUGAGGCUGCUGAAAAGCUUAGGAUUACCUCCAAGGAGCUGGUCAAUCUUAAUGUAGCCGAUGGAAUCAUACCUGAACCUCUUGGUGGAGCCCAUGCUGAUCCUUCGUGGACAUCGCAGCAGAUAAAGAUUGCUAUCAAUGAAAACAUGGAUGAAUUUGGGAAAAUGAGUGGGGAGGAGCUGCUGAAGCACAGGAUGGCUAAGUACCGGAAGAUCGGAGUGUUCAUUGAGGGUGAACCAGUAGAGCCUGAGAAGAAAAUCAACAUGAAGAGGAGGGACGCUGUGGCUUCCACCAGCCGGAACCUAGAGGGCGAGGUUGAGAAGCUGAGGGAGCAGAUUCUGAAAGCCAAGGAAGCCUCUCCAGAGUCUGAUGAGGGUGAGGAGCUUUCGAGCCAAGUUCUUAAGGAGAUGAUUGAGAAACUUAAAUCGGAUAUCGAAGAAGAGUACACUAAAGCUGCGAAAGCAAUGGGGUUAGAGGAGAGACUAGCCGCGACGCGCGAGGAGUUUUCGAAAGCCAAUGCGGAGGAGCAUCUUAUGCACCCGGUGCUCAUCGAGAGAAUCGAGAAGCUUAAAGAAGAAUUCAAUGCACGUUUGAGCGAAGCUCCUAACUACGAGAGUUUAAAAGCUAAGCUGGACAUGUUGAAGGACUUCUCCAGAGCCAAGGCGGCGUCAGACGCCGCUUCGGUUAAGAAGGAGAUUAAUAAAAGGUUUCAGGAAGCUGUGGAGCGUCCUGAGGUCAGAGAGAAGGUUGAAGCGGUUAAAGCCGAGGUUGCUAGCUCAGGGGCGUCUUCUUUCGAAGAGUUGAGCGAUGAGCUGAAAGAGAAAGUUUUGAAGACUAAGAGGGAGGUUGAAGCAGAGAUGGCUGUUGUGUUGAAGUCGAUGGGCCUGGAGCUGGAGGCUGUGAAACCGAAUCUGAAGGAGGUAGUAGCUGAGUCUCCGAACGAAAACAUUCAAGAAAAGGUUGAGAAGCUGAACCGAGAGAUCACGGAGAAGAUUGAGGAGGUGGUGAGGACGCCGGAGAUCAAGAGCAUGGUUGAGUUGCUGAAAGUGGAGACUGCAAAGGCGAGCCAGAUGCCUGAUCAGGGGAGUCAGAAGAUCGAGGCGCUUGAGAUGCAGAUCAAGCAGAAGAUCGCUGAUGCUUUGAGCAUGUCGGGACUGCAGGAGAAACAAGAGGAGCUUGAGAAGGAGCUUGCAGCUGCGCGUGAGCUAGCUGGAGAGGAAUCAGAUGAGAGUGUGAAGGAAGAUGAUGAUGACGAUGAAGAUGGUUCAGGAUCCGGGAGAUCCGAGAUAAUUAACCCUAGCUUCGCCUGAAGCAGAGAUUGUGUAUGAUGUUGAAGCUCUUUCCGAUUUCAAGUGGUAAGACUAUAAGAGGCUUUUCUUAGAGAACUGUCGAAGAUCUCAGCUUAUAGCGAAGAGAGAAAAAAGAAAAUCUCUUGUGGAGAGGAACAAUUUGGAAGCUUUGCUUUCUUUAGUUUAGCCUCUGGUUCGGACCAAACAUUUGCAGACGGUGACAUUUAUCUUUGGAUUUCAUAUGUAUUUGUUAUGUCUUGUUUCGUUAGAACCACUAGUUUUGUCUUUCUCAA